GUACCCAUUACCGCAUUUUAAUAGGAACAGAAGUGCCACUGCGUAGUUAUUAACGUAGCUGUCUAUGCAUGCGUAAUUUUUUUUCCAUCUUUGGAGGGAGAAUUCUCAUGUUGCCCCCCUCGAUGUGGUUAAAAGACAUGUAAAUGUACAACAUGGAAAAAAAAAAGAAGGGAAAAAAGGAUAAAGCUUCUAAAAAGGGGUUGGGGAAGGAGAGGAAAGAAGUCGAAACGGCGGGUGCAAAAUCGGUAAAGACAUCCGAAUGGGAUGUGAAUGGGGAGACCAGAUAUAUUGAAAAGGACCAAAAUGAUGACACGCUUCCUAACGAAAUGCUCUUCACUGAGAGGGAGCUGGGGAGUGAAGAAAUAAAUGAGAGGAAAAUGAAAAAGGAGGUUCAUAAGCUCCAUCAUAAUGGGAACAAAACAAAUAAGAGAAGGAGCGAAAUGGAGCGGUGUCACACGGAGCAUUGCAAAACUAACAACGGAGAGGAUGAAGAUGGCAUGUUCCCCCCUUCAAAUGAAUUCAAGUUGACUAACCUGAAAAAUAAUGAAAUUUUCGAAAGGAAUAUGCCAAAGUGUUUAGACGAAAUAUCUCCCCUUGAAAAAACAGAAUCUUUUGCAGCGGAAAAGGGGGAGGGUUCCCAUUUGAAGGGGCUCAACAAAAGUGUCCAAUUUUUAAAAGAUAUGGAAGGAUUUAAAAUGAGGAAGCAGAGAAUGGACGACCUUGUUAUGAACAUAGGAAAUAAAAAGGAAGAUAAUAAGGGAACUCCAAAUGGGUGUGACAGCUUAAAGGAUGGAUCUAAGGGUGAAGUGACCCCCCCUCUCAAUAUAGAAGAAAAGGAAACCCUGUCCUACAAGCUGAAGAAGCAGAAAAAAAUUGAAAAAUACAAGCUCAGCGGCGAAGAAAAAGAUAAGUACAUGAAAAAGUACAUGCUCAAACUGGAAAAGCAGUACAAAAAAAAAAAAGACGAAGAUUUAAAAAAGGAAGUAGAAGAGCAGAAGGAGGAAAUAAAAAAAUAUCAAGAAAAGGAAAACACGAUCCUUAAUUAUUUAAAGAACCCCAGGUUGAAUUUGUCCAAAACGGAGGAUUUGAAUGACUACUUGUGUAUUAGUCCCACUACAGUAUACUUUACAGAUGUAGCCAAAGACGAAACGAUGACGAGGGAUUUACUAAUCACGAACAAAGGGAGUACUCUGCUGCACGUUAUUAUAGUGCCACCGUCCACGAGCCACUUUCACAUAAAAGACAUCAUUAAUGUGUACAACAAGAAUGAGGAGAAUUCCAAGAACAAUUUGAACAAUCAAAUAGCCCCUGGGCAUUCCUUGAAGAUCAAACUAGGUUACAGCGUUUUCACCCUGAAGCACCAGAGGGACCAAAUAAAAAUACUGUCGGAAGCCGGGAACAAGACGAUAGACAUAAAAGCGUUUCGCUCAAUGCCAAAACUGAAGUUCCAGAAAAUUUUUAAUUUUGGGCCCAUUCGGUCUCACGAGAAGAAAAAAAAAUCAUUUUAUAUUAAAAAUGAAGGACAAGAAACCAACGUACUGAUAUUGCCGAGGAAGCUAUUUAGCUUUUACGAGAAAAAGGAGAAAAUUGAAAGGGAGGAAAACAUAUUAAAUUUGCUCAUAAAAAAGAAGGAAGAUUCAAAGGAGGCUCCCCAAAUGGGGGCAAAUAACGGAGCUGGAAAAAUCAUUCAAGUGAAGGAAAAGGAAGACACCUACUACACAUUCAAUAGUGUAAAAAGUUACUCUCAGAAUUUUCUCUAUUUAUAUCAAAAUUUGGCCCAUAAUUUUGAGAAUCUAUAUUUUGAAAAUAUUUUGCAAGAUUGUUAUUACUUGAACUUGAAAAGGGCAGAGGAGAAGGUAGUCACUUUUGCGUUUAGAAGCGGAAAAAUAGGAGUAUAUGAGAAAGAUUACCUCAUAGUAACGGACAUCGAAUGCGACUUUGGCGAACUGGAAGACAGAAUAAAAUGCGGCUUUCUAAACUUGAACCAAAUGAACGUUUUUCCCUUUUGCGUUAAAGCCUUGGUGGAGCCGCUGCUCUUAAAUUUGGUACAUAUAAAUGGGAACGUGCCAGGGGAGUAUUACGAAGGGAAGGUAGCAGAAUACCUGCAAGGGGGAGGAAGAGACAACUUGAGUUACUUUUUCCACAGCACUUCUUUGCACUCGAUUAGAUUUCCGGACAUCCAGGUUAACAGCGGGUACAACGUUGCCGAAGUGGAGGUCCUAAACAACGGGCUGAUUGACCUAAAAGUGUCAUGUAGCGUAUACGUAAAGGCAAACUCGGAAAGGGAGGAGAAGCAAACCAUUUUGGACAAAGAAGACAAAGGGGUGUACUACUACAAUGAGGUGUUCAAUGUUACGUGUCCACAUUUAUUAUACGAUGAAGUAGCAGAGGGGAAGUCCUCACCGAAGGAGGAAGAAAGGGAGAAGGGGAGAAAGGAAAAAAAAAAAAAAAAGAAAAAAAUGUGCCCUGUGUAUAUAUACCCCAAAAAAUUCACCUUGUCGUACAAAAAGAGGCAAAAGGUAUAUAUCAUUUUUAAGCCUCAAGAAAAACAUGAAAAUUACAAAAAUUAUUGCUUCCUUUUGGUAGUAAAAAAUUUGAGCAAGGGAUCGGAUAUAAGCAUUGGAGAUUUGUUAGAAAUACAAAAAAAUGGGGGCGAGGAAAACGACGGAUUUCCUCUGGUGUGCGUUAGGGAGAAUAAAAUAAUUAAAAAUAAAAAAUGGAAUGAACGAUUCGAAAAUGAUAUUUCGAAGUAUGAAGACUCGUCUUCAGCAGAGGGUGGCACGUGUUCGAGCUACUCCGAGAUAAGUCAAGAUGAAAGUUUAAAAAAAAAACAGAGUAAAAAGAAGAGCUACUUUGGGAAGAAAAACAAGAAAAAAAAGUUUGUCGCGUUCUGCAUGAAUGUAUACGCUAAUAUAGUUAAGCCCAUUGUACAUGUGAAGACGAAAAAAUUGACCAAGUGCCUUUUGCUAAAUCCGCUGCAUUUAUAUAAGACCAGUUUUACUAUAAAAAAUGGAAGCGACUUUUAUGUUAAUUACCGCUUUGGGGAUUUAAUUCAUUUGGAUGGUUUGUCUAAAGGGGAAAAGGGCAUUUCGUCUGACAAGCGUAGAGGAGUUAUCCAGGGGGAGAACACCAACGCGUUGAAAGUUGAAGAAAGAGAAACGCCCAUCUGUGGUGGAAUUCCCGACGAUGACGCAGGGGGUAAACGGAAAGAGGAAGACCCUUCUGCUGACAAAGAAGCGUACCAGAUAUGCUAUUACAACUACGUAGAUGUGCUGCGUGACAUGCGAUCAGCUAAAAAGGGGGGCGAAAAAAGCACCACCGAGGGUAGAAGCGGCAGAAGCAGCACCGAUCGGGUGAAAACAAAAAUAUGUGAAGGGGGAGAGAACAGGCCGGAUGGCAGCGAGGUGGAGAGCAGCAAGGCGGUUGACAAAAAGGGAAACACAGAUAAAGGAACAGACCAAUUGUUAAGUAAGAAAAAUGUGAAAGGGGGCCAAACUAGCGGGGAAGCGAGUGCCCCCCCAGACAGAGAAUGCUUUCGCAGUUUGAACAAAAGGGUGAUAAAAUAUUUUUACGAAAGGGGAGGCAGUGAUGCAGUUAGCAUGUACGUGUUGGUUGGAAAUGCGGCCAGUGAAAUGUUUAAAAGGGGGGAAGUAGAAAGGGGGGGAAAUGGGAAGAGUGGGAAGUAUGAAAAGAAUGGGAAGAAAGAGGCAACUCUGCAAAGGGAGCAAAGAGAAGAACGCCGCGGGGGUAAGAACUGGACAAAAAAGGCAAAGAGCAAAAGUGUGCACAUUCUCAAAGUUGAAGAGGGGGAAUACUGCCUAAAACCACAUGAGAAAAAAAAAAUCCUUUUAUAUUUUCUAGUGAAUCAUUACGGAUACCACGAAAUGAACAUGAGCGUAAUUUUUUACAUGGGUAAGUAUAUGCUCCAAAAAAAUGUUAAGGGGAGAAUCUUGACCAGGUGCAAAGGGAUCGAAAUAAGUAGAGACUCCUUCUUCUUCCGCAAUAGCUACUCCCAUUACUGUUUUUGCAAUAUGGUGAAAAUUGGAAACUUAGAUAAAGACUUAAAAUUGAUAAAGUUGGGCCAGACGUCUGAGAAGAAGUGCGGGUUCGUCACCCUGUAUAUGCUUUAUUUGUCUGCCUUUAAAAAUAAGGGCAAAAAAAGGAGCACACUGAAACGCGAGAAUCUGCUUAACCAUUUCAGGAGAAACUUUCUCUCCUUUUUAGAAAACGAAAUAGACAAGAGUUGUAUUAAGCAGGAGGGUGAUAAGUACCAGUGCGACUUGUGCAGGUGUUCCUUUAAAUACGAUUGUUGCAUCCACUUUUUCGAGAGUAAAUUUUUGGCAUGUACAGAUGGAGAUGGCUAUUCUUACCAGUUUGGGCAGGAAAAAUACAUAGUGGAAAAUGGAAAGAUGGCUAGUUUGAUGGAAGAACCUUCUCGUUGCCACCACCUUAGAGACAACUUGCAAGGAAUUUAUAAACAUCAUGCGAAUAAAGAUUUGUACAUACAUAACAGCGAGGCCGAGUUUGCGGCGCACCUUUUGAUGUACCCCUCCAAUUUGUUACUGCUUCCGCUAAGAGAGACGGUUUUCCUCUUCUUCGUCUUCCUCCCGCAUGCGGGGAGUAUAAACUGGAACACAUUUCGAAGAGACAUCCUAAUUGAGGGAGAGUGUAAAAAUGGAAGCGUAAAAAUAAAGCAUGACAAAAGGUUAGGUAGUACCAACCCUGCUGAUACGAAAAGGGGAAAGAAUUACGUUGGAAUAUGUAGCGAUACAUUCCACGUGAAGGUAAAAAAUUUAAACGAGUUAGACAUUUCUUAUGAAAUGUGCCAAGAGGGCAACAACGAAUUUGAAUAUAAUUAUCACAAAAAGGAGUACGUGGUGGUUUGGAAUUGUAUGCCCAAGUUGGAUUGCUACUAUGAAGACUUUUACACCUUUGCGAAGGUUAAUAACGUGAAAAGGGCAAAGGAUAAGGGGUUUUUUUGUCAAAAUGGGGAAGAAUUAAAAGAGGAAAAGCACUCCUGUGGUAAGCAAGAGGGCGCAGAAUAUAUGGAGGGGGGUCCCCUUUGGAAGGGAGAACAAUCAGCGGAAGACGGUCGGCCAAUACACGGCUGUGUCAUCAUGGCGGAUUGUCACUCAAACGAAGUAAAGGGAAAUAAAAGCAAAACGCACGAAUUUAGACUGCUGCUCUUUCAUGAUGAUGGUAUAACUAAAGAUAACAAUUUUGUAAAAUUGAAGUUUCCCGUAAAGUUGAAAUAUUUUCAUUAUCGGGAAGUUAUAAAAGUGUCUUGUUAUUUUGCCAAACACACAUUUGAUUUUGUCCUAAUGAGAGAAGAAGACUUAUUGCUAUCUUUGUUUAGCUAUAUCAAAAUGGUCGUAUGUGAUGGGGGAUGGUGCGAAAAGGGGGCCACUACUUGUGUAGGAAAUGAGGCAAAAGAGGAGCAGGGAACGAAGGCAAACUCGACAGACUCGUUUGUAGACGAACUUAUGGACGAACUGCUUUUCAUUAAAAAAGAAAAAAAGGAUGACCAAACGGGGGGAGGAACAAUCAAUGAAUAUUUCAAGCAAAUGAAGAAGUUUUUUCCCCCCAAUUUUGAUGAAGACGUGUUGGCAGAGUUUCAAAAUUUUGUGCUCCAAAUGGACUCAACAUUUGAAGCAAAGGAAAAGCAAACACACGGUGUGGAUGGAAAAGGGGAAGAAGAAAAACCUCCAGAUGAAAUAAUUCACCAGGGAGGGUUAAAUUCGGAUGGGGAUUUCCCCCAUGGUAGGGGUGAACAUACGAACAGAAGGUCAAAUAAAGGGGUGGAGAAACUUGUGUGGGUACAUAAGCUCCUACACGGGCUGAACAAUAAAGUCGAUUACAAUUUUGUCAAUUUUGUGAAGAGGAAUAAACGCGAACUGGACUUUAAGUACGAACGAGGGGAAAUCACAGGGGAGCAGCUGAGCAGUGUGAAGAGGGACAAAAUAAACCCAGCGAAAAUGGAAGAAGAGAAAUGCCACCCCCCAGAUGAUGCCACAAACUUAUUCAAAAGCUACUGCUGCGAAUUGAACAGAGAAAAUGGCACCAUAUACGUUAUAGUAAGCAAUAAGAACAAAUAUGACCUUCGCCUGAAGCUGCGUUCGCCCGCCCACAUAGAUGACAGCUUAAAUGAAGCAUUCCACUUGUGCAUAGACAAUUUAAUUAUGAGGAAGGAGUGGCCAGGCAUUUCCCGUUUUGUAAGUGAAUACAAAUUGGGCAAAGGAGAAACUGCGCGUUGUAAGGCGGUCAAUUUAGAUACCUUGAAUUGUGGAAAGUGCAGCAAAUUAAAACACUUAAGCGCUGCAUAUAAAGGGAAAAACGAAAAAAAGGAAGACCUCUAUUAUCAGUACUUGAGUAACGUUCUACGCGAAAAGAGGGAAUACUGCUUCGGCUUGAGAAGUAACUUUUUUGUGGACUUUUUCCAAUUCGAAAAUGUAUUAAGUUCCAUGAAAAGUUCCUUUGUAAAAGUCCACUUGCAUGCAGAUAAUGUCAAUUUGUAUGAGGAUAAAAUUACGUUGAAUUUGAGCAAAAGCGAAAGAUCCUUCAAAAUGGUUAUUGCCUCCCAAGUAAAAUCGCUUCACUUGUUGAGCCCACACAGGGAAACGAAAAAUGGCGAUAAAUGCAUUUUUUUUAACUCAAUUUUUAUAAAUAAGGAAAUUUUUAAAAAAUUCGAAGAGCUAAACAGGAACGAGAAAAACGAAGAAGUAGACAAAAUAUGCAAGUGUUUUGAAGAAAUAUUAAAACCGCGCGAAAUCGACCUAUUUAACUCGUCCAAUUUGCGGAAAAGGGUCCACUACACUUUCAGUAAAAUUCAUCACAUUAGGGAUGAAAAGGGGGGAAGAGGAAAAAAAGGUGCAGCAGAAGGGGAGGCAGCGGCACAAAGGGGGUAUAAAAGAGAGAAGCAGAUUGACGAAGAUUCAAAUGAAAAAUAUGAAAUCCGAUGCGGGGAGGGUGAGACAACUGAGGAUUCGUCCCACUUGUCCGACGCCGCAGAUGGCGAAAACAUGUCUGAUGAAGGGCGCGAAAUCAGAAUUGAGGGCGCGAACAAGUAUAUGGACAAAAACGAGAAAACAAAGGUGAAAAUAUUUUUGGAAAACGUUUUACAUAAAGAAGGAAAACACUUAUACAAAAUUGACUGCAAGUAUAGCUAUGCCAGUCCGAUGGACGCCACCUCUGAAGUGAAGAGUGAACCUGCUUGCGAUGCUUUAAAUGAAAAAUUAAGGAAGCUGCUCUCUCUGCAGUUUUACCUAUCGGUUAAUGUGGAAAAGCCGAGAAUCGCGCUGCUACAUAACAGUAAAAUCUCUUACGGCAAGAGGGUAAAAUUCGAUUUUAAUUAUUUCAACAGAAAGGCGUACAAAAGAAUUGAUAAAAUGUACAAAAGCGAAGAGAUUAAUGACAUAUUAUAUGAAGACGUGAACAAAGUGAAUGAAUACUUUGAUGAGGUUUUUUUGAGAAACAAAAAUUUGAAGUUUUAUUUUUGCAAUCAGCAGGACGUUCCUUUUUACUCGUACAUAUACACGAAGAAGUUCCUUCAAAUAAAAAAUGUUUACAUAGACCACGAAGAGUUUGACCAUUCCAACACGAAAAUUUACCACAUUAAGAGCAAAGGUAAGGUAUGCGUAAAGCUAGAAGUAGACGAGCUGAAGCUGAAAAACGAACUAAAAAACAACCCAAGCCGUAAUUUGCCCGUGAAAAAUAAAAUAGAGAAAAAGUACAUACAAGAGGAUUUUUUAACAUUCCAAUAUUUAACAAGUAAAAGGCAACAAAGGUUUUGUGUCGAAUGUCAUUAUAAUGUGCCCUUUUUAAUUAUCAAAGAGAACCAGCCCAUAUUUCGAGAGUUUAACAACUUGAAAAGGAAAAAUCAGAAAAUCGAAAAUUGCAAAGAGCUGAACGAAAUUGAGAGCAACCUUUCUGACAAAAUAAAGGCGGGGAAAAUAAUAUAUAGCGAAAUUGAAAUGAGGGACAGCGUCUAUUUCAUUUCCAUCAGCUUUAGUGAAUUAAAAGUGUACAAGCUUUGUCUGUUUUUGUUUAACACGACGAGAUUUCCCGCCACGUGGGCCGUAAAGGAGGGCGACCCGUCUAGCGGAAAUUCUUACUCCUUAAAAGGCGCCGAUAAUAAGGUAUUCCACUUCAGCAAAACGAAAGACAUCCUAUUUGGAAAAACGUACGACAUGCAUGACGUGAACCUUGGAAAAGACGAAAACUGGAAUAACCCUUUUCUGUUUCCCGAUUACAUUAUAGUAACAUUCACGUAA